UAUUGUUGCAGUGUAAAUCUGAAAUUAAACAUAUUUGUGCAAUGUUAUCCAGCCUUUUCACCGUAAAAUAUUGACAAUGCACCUUCUUGCUUCUUAUCGUUUGUAAGAUUUGACGAGAUUUCUGGUAAAGUUAUGAUUCCAGAAAAACAUGUAUCUGUAACUGCCAGUUAAUAUAAAAAAACCCCAACAAAGUAGCAGUUUGUCUCUGGGGUUUGGGUGAGAAAGUGGGAGAGUUUUAGAUGUCACAUGUCUGACAGAGAGGCUGUAAAUCUUGGUGUUAAUCUGCUUUUGCGUGCAGCAGAGAGAGCGAGAAGCUGCAUCUGACCACGCUGCUCAGCACGACUUCCUCAAGUGUGAUGAAUGAGUCGGGUACUUUUGAAAAACAGCCAACCACAAGCAUUCAGCAAUAGCAUUUAUGUUUGAGAACCAAAGGAAACCAACAGCACCACAUGCAAUGCAUAUUGGUAAUACAGAGGAGAGAACAUGUCUCAUUUAGCAGUUAACACUCCUAGAUGGUUGAAUAGCAAUAUGACAUACUAUUAAAAUAGCCAACAAGUAUUUCUAUUACCGUCACUCGUCUACAGAUGUAGAUAUAUUAGUGUUGAUGGUGUGAUGUCAAGUGGCUCUUUUUAUUCCUUAGCAGCAACUCGUGCACUCUUUAAUCCACAUAAGCUCAUGAGUCUUCUCUAAAUCCAUCCAAUCUGUUGAGUGUCUAUACUUAACAGCCCUACUCAACAAAUCUGGGGCAAUAGAAGGUAUGGUAAAGCUACAGUUGCUGCAUAUAAAGAGCAAAAUUACCAUCGUAUUGGUUUAAAAUUAGCCUGAUUACGUCAGAUUCUGGCUUGGCAGCAUCUAUUCAUCACGGAGGAGUGACAUGGAAUGAAGCAAAACUGGACAAAAGCUGAAAGACGUGACAAAUUUUGAGGAUUUUAACUGAGAUAAGGGAUCUCCAGGGCCAAGUGACGAGCGACUGGAGCUGUUAUUUUUGCAAUCAGUCACCGGUGGAGGUUGACAUGAGCGUAAACCAUCAUCUUCUGUGCAGUGAGUUCAGUAGAAGCUGUGUGCAGCUGGAGGGCAGUUCAGACGCAUACUGCAACAUCUGGACUGAUGCUGAACCAGCAAGGUUCAAGAGUUGUAGCAAUCGGUCGUUUGCCAUGGAUGCCAGAAUAAGACUGGACAAUCUGAAGGCUGGAUGUAAUUCACCCUCACCUUGUUGUGCCUCAGACAGAGCGUUGUACAGUUUUAGAGGUGAAAAAGACAUCAUGGACAGUGAGGAGACACAAGAGGAACAGUCUGCUUUGGACUUGGUGGAGAUCCUUGAUAUAGAGGACGAUGUUCAGGAUGAAGAGAGCUGGUAGGUGCCUUGAAUUUUAGAAGACUUAAUGAUAAGCUCACAAAAGUGUCCGUGUUCCAAGUUAUACACUUUAAAAGAUGCUGUUCAGGAAAGUUUGUUUCUCAAUCUGACUAGUAUGUCACAUUAGAAGUCUUCUUAACAGCUCUGUUCUUGAGCAGGAGUCAGAUUUGUCUCCCUCAUCACAGGUUAUAUGAGUCUCCAAGGAAGCAGUCGAUUGAGGAGAACAGGGAGUCUGCUCUCAGAUGGUGUCGACACGUCUUUGAUAACCCCAGUCCUGAGAUGGAGGCUGCAUGUCGUGUACUGAUGAAUGUGCUGGAUCAAAAAUCAAGCCAUCCCUUCUACAGACGUCCUGGACUUUUACAUCAUGCUGCCAGUGUCUCUGAGGACUCCUCAUCUAUCAGCACAACACACAACGCCUCUGACACUUCAGAUCACAAUGAGCUGAACAUCUCCAAUGACUCCAUAACCGCAAGCUACAGACUGCAGGAUAUUACAGAUGUCCACAUUAUGGCCCGGAUACAGGAAGCCAGUUUACGUCAGGACUACAUUUCCAUGCCUGCCACUGCUUCACCUAAGAGGAGCACCGAGUCUCCAGUGAUGUUUUCUUCUGGUUUUAGUGCCACAGCUGAAAAUACUGACGACUUUACUCCUCGCCAUAAAACCGAAGCUUCAUCUUCCUCUUGUUGGCAGUCUGGUGUACCAUCACGCAGCUCUUGCCCCUACCAGUCAGCAGCCACAGCGGCUAUGCAGGGCUGCCAAAGUCCCAGACUGGCCAGACUUCACCAGCAAGUCACCCAAUUCAAGCUGCUUAAACUGGCUCAGAAUCAAGCAUCACCAGGCAGGAUGAGGUCACCUCUGCGGACCAGCCUCCGCUCCCUGCAGGCUGUCAGGAACAGCAGAAGCCUGGAGACAGAUGACUGCCAGGCUGCUGACCAAAUCACUCACCCUCCAACAGGUACCUCAUCGACCAGAAUGGGGUCAAGCUACUGGUCUACAUCACGUUCUCCUGCACCUCUGAACUCAUCAGUGCGGACGGCAGCCAUCAAGAAACUGCAGAGAUCUCAGUCUCUGAGCCCCUGCAGGAUCCCUCACCCUGCUAAGGGAUAUCUGUCUGUUCACAGACGAGUUUUUGCCUCACCAGAGAGGCCGACCAGUGCAGCUUGGGCCAGAAAUUUACCAUCCAUUCGGCGGUGAAAGACUUCAUCAGUAGAGUAGCACUGAGGGAAAAUGAAAGCAAAAAAGGCUUGUAAUGAUUUGCUCAUGUGGUUGAUAAGACUGCAUAUUAACAGAAUUAUCUCUAGAUUGUAAACAAAUUCGUGCUUGUAUUAGAAUACUUUAUGGUGUGGUAUGUUGUUCUGGGCAGAGAUCAUGUACGUGUUGUGUCUGUAUGAAGUUUUUACAUUGUGUCAUCUUCCACCGAACCAACCUGUAGGUAGGAAUGCAAGAAUGUGCACGACAAUGCUCUGACAGGAGCAACCAAAGCACCCAUGUUGUGUUUUUUUAAAGACCUAAAUCAUGUUGACUGUUGUAAAAAUACAGUGAAGUUAAAUAAAUGUAGAAAUGUCAGGAUGAUGCUGACAAAUUUACCCAUCUGAGACCUCCUCAAAAUAAUUAAAGUGAAUCAAACAAGCUGCAUUAUUAGUAGUUUUGCAAGAAUGCUGCCAUGCAUGCUGCGUGAGAUCACCUAAUUCCUGACACUGAACUCACGUAGAUUUUAUGACUGACACGUUUGAAAGUGGAAGUGCAGCCUAACUUCACUUCAGUGUGGGCGACUACAGAAUGAGCUACCUUCUGCAGAGCUGUCACAACAGGAACUGAGCACUUUGCCAUCAUGUCAGAGAAGCUAAAUAGGUGAAGUCUGCAUAAAAGGAAGUGUCAUUACCAGGAAACAGAGGUGUGGUUUUGGUGUGGCUGUUUCUUGCAAGGUAUUAAAUGUCAUAUAAUACUUCAGUGCUGGCCACAUUUUGCUGAUGGCUUUGUGUUAACAACUGCAUUUCUUCAAGACGUUUCAAAACCACCUGAAUACACCUUAAACACCCACCGGAGCUCAUCUAAUAGUCCUUAAAUCAUCUGAAGAGGGGAUUUGAAAGCACAAAUCUAGAACUCUCAGGGAAGCUGCACUUCCUCUACUCUGUUCCUACAUGUUACCUGAAGCCCGCUGCUGUUUACAUUGCUGUGGUUCUUAACCUUUCUUUCAUUAAUAACAAAUCUAUUGACAGUCCACUUCUGUUCAUGUUUCUUUGAUCCCUUGUUUGCUUCUUGGCCUGAAUAGGAUCCAUUGACAUCUGUUAGCAACAGAUUACAGGGUUAAGGAACAAAGUCACUGUGUAAAUGUUUAUCAUGGGAACUGGUGAGGAAACACUCGAGUCAGUUCAGACUUUUGUGGAACAAAGACGUUCAAUAGUUUGUUUGCUGGAACAGUUUGGUGUUGGAGUACCCUCUGCUGUCAGAUCGUGUUUUAUGAACUUGAUUUGCUGUGAUGGAACCACAGACACAAAAAAUCUCCAUAAACACAAGAUUUGGACACCAAGAAGUGAACCCUUGAUGAAAAAAAUAAUUGGUAGACUAGUCUGAAACAGCAUCCUGUAACUGAACACUUCAUUUUACUGAUUACUUAUCAAAAUACACACAGUGAAUUUCAACCAGUGACCACAGUCAGAAAAAUCUGUAAAAUCUAUUCUUCUCUACCUCAGCUGUAUUUCUUUGUGUUAUUUCUUUUGCUGAGAUGUCGUGAGCCUCACCUGAACAAUAUGCGUCAACUGCCUAUACUUGAUAAACAACUAUAGCUUGA